ACUGUCACGGGAUAAACAGUAGCUACUUCCGCAGUAAACUUACUUAAGCUAAAUAAACCGACGCGGGACGGACAUCAGUUCUUCCAAAAAUGGGUCACUGCGUUUUUCUCAUUUUAGCGGCUCUAUUGUCUGUCGUAUCGACACAGUUUAUACCCCCGUACACAGAAGAGUGUCGGUCAGAAAUGUAUCCACCAAAGGGUCCCACGUUCAGAGGAGCCAUCAGUUGGUACACAGUGGACCUCGAUUUACCACCCAGCAAGAGAUGGACAGCUCUGAUUACUGACAAAAAAGCAGAUCUGGUCACCAUGAUUCAGGCCAUCAAAGACUUGGCUGAUGCUUUUGUGCCCAGCGGGAGGCUGAUAGAGCUGGUCGACAUUACGCUGCCUCUGAUGGCGGACACACUCCCAUACCCUUUUAGUGAUGAAAUAAAAGGAGUUGCAGCUGCUUCUGGGAUUCCUCUUGGUGAAGUUGUCUUGUUCAACGUGUUCUAUGAGGUGUUCACUGUGUGCACGUCAGUUGUUGCAGAAGACGAUAAGGGUAACCUCAUUCACGGUAGAAAUCUGGAUUUUGGAUUAUUUCUGGGCUGGGAUGUGAAAAACAAGUCAUGGAUCAUUACUGAGAAGCUGAAGCCUCUAUUGGUCAACCUGGACUUCAAGAGAAAUAACCAGACUGUCUUCAAAUCCACAAACUUUGCUGGAUAUGUUGGCAUGCUGACUGGCAUCAAGCCUCACCUGUUCACUCUGACGAUGAAUGAGCGCUUCAGCCUCGAUGGAGGAUACAUCGGAAUCCUGGAGUGGAUCUUGGGGAAGAGAGAUGGGAUGUGGAUGAGCUUUCUCACCCGCUCUGUCCUCGAAAAUGCAAACAGCUAUGAGGAAGCCAAAACUAGCCUGGCUCAGACCAAGCUGCUGGCUCCGGCCUACUUCAUCCUGGGAGGAAACCGUACAGGCCAGGGCUGCAUCAUCACCAGGUCCAGAGAGCUCAGUAUUGAUAUCUUGGAGAUUGACCUGAAGCUGGGCCGGUGGUACGUCCUGGAGACAAACUACGAUCACUGGAAGGAGCCUUUGUUCCUGGAUGAUCGCAGAACUCCAGCCAUGAAGUGCAUGAACCAGACCGCGCAGAAAAACAUCUCACUGAAGACCAUGUAUAAUGUGCUCUCAACCAAACCAGUGCUGAACAAGCUGACCACAUACACAACACUGAUGCAAGUGUCUGAGGGAAAACUGGAGUCGUAUGUCCGCGACUGCCCAAACCCCUGCAUGCCCUGGUAACGGUCCAACCACUGACCUCUGAUCAGUUUGUAAAUGCGUCUCUGCACGGAGACGAGAUGAGCUCAGCUGAUUAUUUGUGUUUGCACAGCGACAAGUCGCCUGAUCCAAGGUUUAUCUUGAUGGGAUGUCAUUUUGACAUGUUUUUUCCUGGAAUUCUUAAAAGCUUUAAAGUACUAAAUCCUACUUUUUUCAUUUUGAGGGUAAUUGGUACAAAGUUAAUCUAACUUGUAAAUGUCCUCCCUGUUAUUUUUACUGUAAUUAUACGUAUUAUUUGCAAGGAGUCCAUCGGUGGAGCUCAGUGCGGGCCUAGGGACCCCUGAGAUGAAUGCUUUUGUAUAACUCAAUGUUAAAUAUUAAUAUUGUUCCAUUUUAUGUGUAAUAUCUAAAAUCAAGCCCACACUCACCACUCCGUGCCUCCACACUGUGCCCCUGCUGUAGUUUUGUAGCUGUAGUUAACAGCUAAGUAAGGUUGUCUGUCUCACCACGACUGACCACUUCAUGCACUGAUACUAUUAAAUGUCCCUCUUAGCUGACCACUUUUUAUUUUUAAAGCUGGUAAAUAAAAGGAUUCCCAAAUUUAAGGUUCUACCUACGUCUCGGUUAUAUUAUGACAUUACGUUGUUUUUGGAUUUCUCGUUUGGUGCUGCAACAAACAGUCAUUUUCCCAAUUAUUGAUACAUUGUUUUGUCUAUUAAAUGUCAGAAAGUG